AGCUCGUUGCAAUUCAGAAUGAAUUCGUGGUUAAUUACUGCAUUCUGUGUAUUGUGUCUCUCGAUGACAUGCUACUGCAUCCCGCUAAAAAUACCAGAGAAUCAACCGUGGCUGAAGCACAACGCAGUAAAUACACCGCGAAACAUGAAGAAGCCUAUUCAUAACAUUCGUCGGAAAAGACAUCACUGGGGAGGAUGGGGUGGUUGGGGAUAUCAUUAUCCUUUCGGACACUCAUGGUUUGGCUACCCUUCAUUUCCUUGGUUUUGGCAUGAGUGAUAACGUACAGUGUCUCAUGAUGUCAUAAACGUACUGACAUUUUAUUUUACAUUACAAUGUCAUUGU